GCAGAAGGGAGACAGGGCUGGCUGCAGGGACAUAAGCCAUCCCGGAGGGAAGCAGGCAAGCCCAUCCCCGGCUGAAGGAAUGCUCAGGGUUUUCAUUCUCCAUGCCGAAAAUGUCCAGACGCCGGAUACAGACAUCAGCGACUCGUACUGUUCUGUGGUGUUUGAAGGUGUGAAGAAGCGAACCAAAGUGAUCAAGAACAACGUGAACCCUGUGUGGAACGAGGGGUUUGACUGGGAUCUGAAAGGAAUUCCCUUAGACCAGAAUGCCGAGCUCACUGUUGUCGUCAAAGACCAUGAGACUGUUGGGAGAAACAGGUUUUUGGGGGAAGCCCGAGUGCCCCUGCAGGACGUCCUGGGCUCUCCCACCCUGACUGCCAGCUUUCACGCCCCCCUGCUGGACACCAAGAGGCAGAGCACUGGGGCCUUCCUCAACCUGCAGGUUUCCUACAUUCCUCCACCUGGGGCCGCUCCUCUGUUCCCACCGCCUACCCCUCCGGAGCCAACACCGUCCACAGCUGAGCUUGACACCGUCACAGAUACAGCCGGCGAGGAAGACACCGAAGACCAGAUAGUGACAGGGGAUGAGACGGAGCCUUCCACAGAGCCCUCUGGGUCGGAGCAGCCCACGCUCCCCCGGAAGCCUCCUUCACACCACGUCCAUGGGAUCAAGAGGAGGAAAAGCGCCCCGAAAAAGCUGCUGUCCAACAAACCGCAGGACUUUCAGGUCAGGGUGCGAGUCAUAGAGGGCAGGCAGCUUCCCGGUGUCAACAUCAAAUCUGUGGUGAAAGUGACGGUUGCCGGACAGACGAAAAGAACUAGGAUCCGCAAAGGGAAUGGCCCGUUCUUCGAUGAGAUCUUUUUCUUCAAUGUCUUUGAAUCUCCGGCUGAGCUGUUUGAUGAGCCCAUAUUCAUCACGGUUGUUGAUUCCCGGUCUCUCCGGACAGACUCUGUGAUUGGAGAAUUUCGGCUGGAUGUCGGGACAGUUUAUGCAGAACCAAAGCAUGCCUUGCUCAGGAAGUGGCUGCUCCUUUCUGACUCUGAAGACUUUUCUGCUGGGGCCAAAGGUUACGUGAAAGUCAGCCUGUAUGUGCUGGGACCUGGCGAUGAAGCUCCCCUGGAGAAGAAAGAAGUGGCUGAAGAGAAGGAAGAUAUUGAGGGGAAUCUUCUGCGCCCAACUGGGGUCACGCUGAGAGGGGCUCACUUCUGCCUGAAAAUUUACAGAGCUGAAGACUUGCCCCAGAUGGAUGAUGCCAUCAUGGACAAUGUCAAGCAGAUCUUCGGCUUUGAGAGCAACAAGAAGAACCUGGUCGAUCCGUUUGUGGAAGUCAGCUUUGCCGGCAGAACGAUCAGCUCUAAGAUCCUGGAGAAGAACGCCAACCCCCAGUGGAACCAGCGCAUCACCGUGCCGGCCAUGUUUCCUUCCAUGUGUGAGAAAAUGAGGAUCCGGGUCAUGGAUUGGGACCGUGUCACUCACAACGAUGUCAUUGGCACGACCCACCUGCGCAUGUCUCAAAUCUCUGCCCCAGGAGGACAGCUGGAAGAUGAGUUUCCUCUUCUUGCGAAGCCCCUGAAAGCUACAGCCAUGGACGAUGAGCUGGGAUUCCUGCCGACGUUUGGGCCCUGUUACGUAAACCUUUACGGCAGCCCGAGGGAAUUUACCGGGUUUCCAGAUCCCUACGAGGAACUCAACAUGGGAAAGGGAGAGGGAGUGGCCUUUCGGGGCAGGUUGCUGAUGGAGCUGGAGACAAAACUGGUGGAACAUAUUGAGCAGAAGUUGGAGGACAUCCCGCCCGAUGAUAUUCUACGGGUAGAGAAGCACCUGCGGCGGCGCAAGUACUGUCUCUUCGCCGCCUUCUACUCGGCCAGCAUGCUGCAGGACGUCGACGCCGCCAUCCAGUUCGAAGUCAGCAUCGGCAACUACGGCAACAAGUUUGACAACACGUGCCUGCCGCUGGCCUCCACCACGCAGUACAGCGGGGCUGUGUUUGACGGUUGCCAGUAUUACUACCUCCCCUGGGGCAAUGUGAAGCCGGUGGUGGUGCUGUCAUCCUACUGGGAGGAUAUCAGCCACCGAACGGACAUGCAGAACCUUCUCCAACGCACUGCAGACAGGCUGGAAGCAGGCUUGGAGCUGGUCCACCUUGCACUCAAGGCCAAGUGCUCAUCAAAUGACUUGGAUUCAUUGGUUUCCCAGUUGAUUGAUGACAUCAUCGCGGACUGCAGCCAGCCGCUAGUCGAGGUCAGCGACAAGACAGCCAGCACCCAUCUGGAUCAGUACAUGUACAAAUUCCGCAGCACCAACCUGCACCAGAUUAUCCAGGCAGCUCUGAACCUGAAGCAUGAGGAUUCUGACCUGCAGACAGUGCUGGACCAGGCUGAGGACUGGCUCUUGAGACUAAAAGCCAUGGCAGAGGAGCCCCAGAACAGCCUGCCAGACAUAGUGAUCUGGAUGCUUCGAGGAGACAAGCGUGUGGCUUACGCCCGGGUGCCAGCCCAUGAAGUUCUUUUCUCCAGGACCGGCGCCAACUGCUGUGGCAAGAACUGUGGGAAACUUCAGACGAUAUUUUUGAAAUACCCACAGGAAGCGGCGAUGGGCCCCAAGAUCCCGGCCCAGGUGCGGGUUCAGCUCUGGUUUGGGCUGGCUGUAGACGAGAAGGAGUUUAACAAGUACGCGGAAGGGAAGCUCUCCGUCUUUGCAGAAACCUAUGAGAACCAGGUAAAGCUGGCGCUGGUUGGGAACUGGGGGACGACUGGCCUGACCUACCCCAAAUACAGCGAUGUGACCGGCAAAAUCAAACUGCCUAAGGACAGUUUCCGUCCCUCUGUCGGCUGGACAUGGGCCGGGGACUGGUUCAUCAGCCCGGAGAAGACGUUACUUUACGACACGGACGCCGGUCACAUGAGCUUUGUAGAGGAAGUGUUUGAGAAUCAAGUCCGGCUUCCUGGGGGCCAGUGGAUCCACAUGGCUGACGCCUACACGGAUGUGAAUGGGGAGAAAGUGCUUCCUAAGGAAGAGAUCGAGUGUCCCCCAGGAUGGAAAUGGGAAGAUGUGGAAUGGGACACGGAUCUCAACCGAGCGGUUGAUGAGAGAGGCUGGGAGUACGGCAUCUCUAUCCCGCCAGACCGCAAGCCCAAGGCCUGGGUGCCAGCAGAGAAGAUGUACCACACUAGCCGGCGCCGGCGGUGGGUGCGGCUCCGCAGGAGGGACCUUAAGCAGAUGGAGGCUCUGAAAAAGCACAAGCAGGAGGAGUUGGAAGGUGAGGGCUGGGAAUACGCCUCUCUCUUUGGCUGGAAGUUCCACCUCAACUACCGCAAGACGGACACCUUCCGCCGCCGUCGCUGGAGGCGCCGCAUGGAGCCGCUGGAGCGCACCGGAGCGGCCGCUGUCUUUGCCCUGGAGGGCGCUUUGGGAGGCGUGACAGACGACAAGAGCGACGAUGGCAAAUCGGUUUCAACCUUGAGCUUCGGCGUCAACAGACCCACCAUCUCCUGCAUAUUUGAUUAUGGAAGCAGAUACCAUCUGCGUUGCUACAUAUACCAAGCUCGGGAUCUGAUCGCCAUGGACAAGGACAGUUUUUCGGAUCCGUACGCCAUCGUCUCCUUCCUCCACCAAAGCCAGAAGACGGUGGUGGUGAAGAACACCUUGAAUCCUCUCUGGGACCAGACUCUCAUCUUCUAUGAGAUCGAGAUCUUUGGGGAUCCCCAGAACGUUGCUGACGUUCCCCCCAACAUCGUUGUGGAGAUUUACGACCAUGACACCUAUGGUGCGGACGAGUUCAUGGGCCGCUGCAUUUGCAAACCCAGCUUGGAGCGCUCCCCGAGACUGUCCUGGCACCCUGUCGCUAGGGGGAACAGAAAGGCAGGAGAGCUGCUCGCCGCCUUCGAACUGAUUCAGAGAGAGAAGCCGGCUGUUCACCAUCUCCCUGGCUUCGAGAGCGAGCUGUCCGCCAGUCUGGAUGAGCUGGGCACACCUGCCUUCUUCUACGAAGGGCUCCUGCAAUGGUCUGCAGACUCGGACCUGCCCUACCCUCCGCCCCAGCGGGAGCCCAACAUUUACAUGGUCCCUCAAGGGAUCAAACCGGUGCUCCAGCGCACCGCCAUCGAGAUCUUGGCCUGGGGGCUGAGGAACCUGAAGAGCUAUCAGCUGGCCAGCAUCACCUCCCCCAGCCUCCAGGUGGAGUGCGGAGGCCAGACAGUCCAGUCCUGCGUCAUCAAGAACGUCAGGAAGAACCCCAACUUCGAUGUCUGCGUGCUCUUCAUGGAAGUGCGCCUACCCAAGGAAGCUCUGUACUGCCCUCCUGUCAUCAUCAAAGUCAUCGACAACAGACAGUUUGGCCGAAAGCCCGUGGUUGGCCAGUGCACCAUCCAGUCCCUUGAGGAGUUCUACUGUGACCCGUACAAAGAGGAGACCGACACCCCCGAGGAACAGCCAGAUGAGGUGAGCCUCGCCCCCAGAGACGACGUCCUCAUUGAUAUCGACGACAAGGAGCCUCUCAUUCCUGUCCAGCUUGCAGAGGGCAUGACCAGCUCCGCUCUAAUUAACAUGCCAGCUUCUCAGGCCGAUCUCCAUAAGAUACCAUGGGAGGAAGAGUUCAUCGACUGGUGGAGCAAGUUCUACGCUUCGACGGGGGAAAGAGAGAAAUGCGGCGGCUACUUAGAGAAGGGCUUUGACACACUGAAGGUCUACGAGACGGAGCUGGAGAAUAUGGAGGAAUUUGAGAGGCUCUCCGACUUCUGCCAGACCUUCAAGCUCUACCGCGGCAGAACGCAGGACGUUAACGAAGAUCCCUCGGUGGUGGGGGAAUUCAAGGGCUCGUUCAAAAUGUACCCCCUCCCGGAUGACCCAAGAGUGCCGGUCCCACCACGCCAGUUCCAUCAGCUCCCAGCCAAAGGACCCCAGGAGUGUCUCAUCAGGAUCUACAUCAUCCGUGCCUUCGACUUGCAACCCAAGGACUCCAACGGAAAGUGUGACCCCUACGUGAAGAUUUCGGUGGGAAAGAAAUCCAUAAAUGACCAGGACAAUUACAUCCCGUGCACGCUGGAGCCUGUCUUCGGAAAGAUGUUUGAGCUGACCUGCACUCUGCCUUUGGAGAAGGACCUGAAGGUUACUCUCUAUGACUAUGACCUCUUGUCGAAGGAUGAGAAGAUUGGCGAGACCGUCAUAGACCUGGAGAACCGGUUCCUGUCCAAAUUCGGGGCCCGAUGCGGCCUGCCCCAGACCUACUGCAUUUCUGGACCCAACCAGUGGCGAGACCAGCUCCGACCUUCCCAACUGCUCCAUCUCUUCUCCCUGCAACGCAACUGCAAAGCUCCCGUCUACAAGCCAGACCGGGUCGUAUUCAGGGAGCAGGAGUACGUCCUCUCUGAGUUCGAGGAUGGCAAGCCCCCCAACCCACACCUGGGAGCGCCGGAGGAGCGGCUCGCCCUGUACGCGCUGAGGAAGCAGGGCCUGGUGCCUGAGCAUGUGGAGACGAGGCCUCUCUACAGCCCACUGCAGCCUGAAAUUGAGCAGGGAAAGCUACAGAUGUGGGUAGACUUGUUUCCAAAGUCUCUGGGUCUGCCUGGACCUCCAUUCAACAUCACGCCGCGCAGAGCAAAGAGGUUCUUCUUGCGCUGCAUUAUCUGGAACACCAAAGACGUGAUCCUAGAUGACCUCAGCAUCACUGGAGAGAAGAUGAGCGACAUCUACGUGAAAGGCUGGAUGAUUGGCCACGAGGAGAACAAACAGAAGACCGACGUGCAUUACCGGUCUAUGGGAGGCGAAGGGAAUUUCAACUGGAGAUUCGUCUUCCCCUUUGACUACCUUCCUGCUGAGCAAGUCUGUCACAUUGCUAAAAAGGAGCACUUCUGGAGCUUGGACAAGACGGACAAUAAGGUCCCACCCCAGCUUAUCCUCCAGAUCUGGGACAAUGACAAAUUCUCUUUUGAUGACUACUUGGGUUCUGUUCAGAUGGACCUCAACCAGAUGCCAGCACCUGCCAAGACAGCUGAGAAGUGCUCUUUAAACCUCCUGGAUGAGACCUUGUCCUCUGACCGAUUUGUGUCGCUCUUUGAGCAGAAAGCUGUCAAGGGCUGGUGGCCCUGUGUUGUGGAGGCAGAAGAGAAGAAGACCAUAGCAGGUAAGUUGGAAAUGACCUUGGAGAUUGUGACAGAGCAGGAGCAGGAAGAAAGGCCGGCAGGGAUGGGCCGCGAUGAGCCAAACAUGAACCCGAAGCUGGAGGACCCCAAGCGCCCGGAAACCUCCUUCCUGUGGUUCACCUCCCCCUACAAAACCAUGAAGUAUAUCCUGUGGCGGCGCUUCAAGUGGGUCUUUCUCAUCGCCAUCGUGGUCUUCAUCCUGCUGCUCUUCAUCGGGAUUUUCAUCUACGCCUUCCCGAACUACGCUGCUAUGAAACUGGUCAAACCUUUCAGCUGAACCAGCACCAGCGCGUGCCAGAGAGUCUAGUACAUCCUGGGAUACUGCACGGCACCGUUUGACAUCAGUGACCACUCCCCAUCGGCCUGCGUUGCAGUACAGAGACGGAAAAGAAACACACGCUCUUGGAUGCUAGACUGUUGCCAAAAAGCCGCUAUAACUUUGCAACGAUGACGUAUGCACCAUAACCUUUCAGAAGCAGCGUGUAACCGAUACCAGUUUGGAAUAUUUGUUAUUUUACCC